AACCGCUGCGCCCGAAAAAGGAGCGAGAUGACUGCUUGGGAAGCGUUUGAAUCAGACCUGGAAAGCGGCGUCGCAGACGUUGCCACCGCCACAAGGCUGUGUAAGGAGGAAGACUGCCCGAAGCACCUUCGGCGCCUCGUGUGGCCGCUCCUCCUUGGGGUGCGUGGAAAGCCAGACACCAUCACGCCAAAGACGCUGAGCGUGCCUGAAGAUGGCGAGCUCCUCGAUGCGUGCCGAACAGCUGCAGACAAGCUGAAGUCGGAGCAUGGCAUGAGUGUGGAGGCGGGAGACAUGGUGAAGGUGAUUGUGGUCUUCUGCCAGGCCCGCGGCGUCACAACAGACCACGCCGUCAGCAACGGAUGGAUCGAGUUGCUGCUGCCGUUCUUUGGCACUGGCAUGGCCAUUGGGGAUGUGUACAACUGUUUCUACGCAUUUGUCAGCAAGUUUGCCCUCAGGGACACCCAGCCAGACAGUGCGUGCUUCCACAUGUUUCGGCUGCUGCUGCUGUAUCACGAGCCAGAGUUCUGCCUCUUCCUUGACAGCGCCCACAUCAGCAUGCAUGACUUUCUCCUCCCAUGGUUCCAGAGCCUGUUUGCGACGGCGUGUCCAGGGGACAUUGCGCUCAAGCUGUGGGACAAAUACAUUGCCCACGGAGACCCCUUCCUUGUGUUCUUCCUGGCGCUCGUGUUUGUGAUCAACGCCAAGGACUAUGUUGUUGAUCUUGGCAGCGACACCACCGCAGCGGUGGAGUUCCUCUCCUCCCUCCCUGCGCAGGUCUCGCCAGACGACCUAGGCGACCUCAUUGACCUCGGCCUGCACUACAGCUCGCUCACCCCAGAUACGCUGCGCUCAGACUACUUUGCGCACGUCUUUGGCGUCGGCGGCUCUCCAACUGCUGGCCGCGGGUUUGAUGAUGUGAUGCAGCUGCUGUGCUUCGACGUCUCACCAGCCGCGCUCCUGAAGAGGAUUGGGGAGCGCUCGCUGUUUCUUGUGGACACGCGACCCACUGAGCUGUACACGGCAGGGCACCUCACGCACACUUCAAAGCACCUCGACGCAAAGAGGCUGCUGCACGAUCCCGCUGCCGUGGAUGAAGAUCUCGCCGCCCUCGAGCACCAGCUCGAACACUCCGCACAGCAGCACAUUUGCUUCAUGGGCUCGACCGACGACGACGACCUUCUCAAGAUGCUCAUCUCCCGGUGCCUGAAGCGGCACCUCAUGCACGUCACGUGUGUUCGCGGCGGAUACAGCGCCGUCUUCGACCACAUCAAAGCCAUCGGCAAGCUCGACCAGCUCAUCCAAGGAAACGCCGUGGAAACGUCUGCACGAGCGCAGUCCGACCCGUUGGCGGAAGAAUCCGCCGUUGUUCCGCACGUGGAGGACAAGCAACCGACCCGCUUUGGCGCGCGGUUUGCGGGCUGGGCGGCGUCAUACAAGGUGCCCAGUGAACUGAUUGCGCACAUUGGUAAGGCGGCGCAAGAAUCGAACAUUGUGCGAAUGUUCCAGUGCAAUGAAGUGCACGCAUCCCUCCUCUACCCAACACACCUCGCCCUCACCCGCUCACACAUCCUCAAGCUUCGGGAGAUUGAAGGGCGAGGAAAUCACGCCGUGGUGAUGUGGCGCCGUCCCCUCACGUCCAUUCUUCGCAUCACAGCAAAGAAGAAACACCCAACCUUGCUCUCCUUCCUCUUCACGGACGAGAGCAUGUCAGAGGAGGCAAUUGCGCAGGCGAUGGCCAGGGCCGGCAUUGUGGAGCAGCCGGCGACGCCAAGCGAGGCGGGAAGCGGUGUUGCAGCGAGCACGACAGGCAAGGACGACAUGAAGGCAGAGGAAGGCCAGAAGCAAGGCGGAAAGGGCGAAGAACACACAAACAAGGAGGAAGAGGAGGAGGAGAAGGGUGAGGAAGCUGCGCCUGCUGCAACGGCUGCAUUUGCAAUUGACGACGAUGAUGAGGAGGAAGAGAAGAAGGAGCAGGAACAACAGGAGGCAGAGGAGGACCAGGCAGAGAACAAGGAAGAAGACAAGGAAACUGUGGCAGAGGUAGACAAGAGCAGCAAAACGGACAGUGUAAGCAGCAAUGCGGAAGCAGCAACCAGUCCUGCUGAAGAGAAAGACGUUGGGGGCAGCGUUGCCAAACCCGCAGCAGCAAACACAGCAGAAGCACAAGCACAAGCAGAAGCAGAAGCAGAAGCAAAACAAGCAGCGAGCCAACAACAACAACAGCAAGAGGGUGGCAGCAGCGGAGACAGCAGCAGCAAGAAAGGGAAGAAGCCCAAGAUUGACAUUCCUGGCACGCUCAAGGAGCGGUUUCUUGUUCCUCAGGCGCAGGAGGCCAAGGCGGUGCUGCGAGACAUGAUCGUGGCGGCCCGUGAGGAGGAGGACAGACUGGCGUUGUAG